GCGGAGCGCUACUUUCACUUUCGAUUUGGUGCAAGUGCCCGCCCAUUAUAACACAGAAGAUUAAUAGCUUAGAUAUGACUUAUUAUUAGUCUUAGAAAUAACCAGCGGACUUUUACGAUCAUUCUUAAACACAGUUUACAACAUACAACGUGGUUCAGUCAGGGAAUGAAAGAUUAUUGUUAGUAGGAUAUACGAAAAAUGGGACUGUUAUACAGAACAAUGAACAUAGCUGCAGAAUAAAAUUGAAGAAAGAUGUUGACAACUGUAGAGAACUUAUUAAUAGUUUUACUGGUUUUCUUUGAAACAAGUCUUUCAUUACAACUACCAACUUUACAGAGGAAGUUAUUAAAAGAUGGACUCCACAGAGACCUUCAUACCAUAGUUGAAAUUCCCUUGUCUUUAUUUACCCGAAGAGAGGGUAUGCAGUGUCGUUGUCUGUUUAAAGAAUUCCUUCCUAGCAGUACUUAUGUUGACACAUUCCAGAUGAAAUCUGUCAGUAAACAUCUGGGUUUUGAGUAUGUAUCACCAACAUUAGAUAUAGAGAAACCAGAAUUCCAGGAGAAUACCUUUAGUAUCUUCAGUGUACUUAUCUAUACUGAUUUACAUGUCAAACCUGAUAGUGUUAUAAGUAAUGUGACAUUUCCAAUACAUCUAAGAUACCAUUUACCUGCUACAGAUUAUAGAAAUUUUAGUAUUAUGAAUCCUGGAGUGCUGAUACAAUGCAAGAAUGCGGAUUAUAUUGGAAAAAUCUUGAGGAAAGAACAAAUACCAUGCUCACCUAAAGAAGACACUCUUUGUGAAUGGAACCUCAUUAAAUAUAAAUCAGAUGUAAAUGAUAUAAGAGUGGAGGUACCAGUAGGAAAUACAAAGCAUACAGUAUUAGUUGUCAUAGGAACAUUAACAGUUACAUUUGGUAGCUGUUUAUUGAUAGUUUUUAAAGUUUUUAAUACUAAAAUUAAACAAUCAUAA